AUGGCGGCUAGGUUGUUAAAGGUUAUGCAUCCUGAGCUAGCAAGGAAAAACGUUUCGUUUUCAAAUAUUUGGCGGUUAUUUGGUACUAAAUCCGAAUCUGUCGUUUAUUCUGAACACGGAGAUCCAGAGAAAGUUUUGAGAUUGGAGAAUGCAGAAACAGGCAAAUUUGGUUGCAAUUCUGUGUCAGUAAGGAUGUUAGCUGCUCCAAUAAAUCCAGCUGAUAUCAAUCAGAUUCAAGGUAGUUAUCCACUGAAGCCAUCCUUACCAGCUGUUGGUGGAAAUGAAGGAGUGGGAGAAGUCAUAGAGACUGGGAAGGAUGUACAGAACCUCAAUACAGGAGAUCAAGUCAUCUUGAGAUCAGAUCAGUGUUUAGGUUCUUGGUGCAGACACUUAGUGGUGUCAGAGGAUCAAGUUUUAAAAAUUCCAAAUGGGCUCCCUGUGGAAGCUGCCGCAACAGUCAGUGUAAACCCAUGCACUGCAUUCAGGUUAUUGAAGGACUUUGAAGAUUUACAACCUGGUGAUACAGUGAUUCAAAAUGGUGCUAACAGCAGUGUGGGGCAGGCUCUCAUCCAAAUUGCAGCAGCCUGGGGCUUAAUUACUGUCAACAUAAUUCGUAGUAGACCCAAUGUGGAGGAGCUGAAAAAUUAUCUGAAAGACCUUGGAGCUAAUUUCGUCAUAGCCGAAGAGGACUUGAAAAGCCCUGAAAUGAAAGAAAUCGUUAAGAAUAUUCAACGUCCCAAACUUGCCCUCAACUGCGUUGGAGGCAAGAGUUCCAUGAGCCUAUUUCGCUACUUGGCGCCGAAGGGAACGAUGGUCACUUAUGGCGGAAUGUCGAGACAACCCGUUACUGUACCAACGGGCUCCCUGAUAUUUGAUGACGUAAAUGUAAGAGGAUUCUGGAUGUCCAAGUGGAAUAACGAGCAUCAGAAAGAUGCUAUCAAAUUAAACAUGGUUGAAGAAGUAUGUCAGUUGGUACAGAAUGGACAGUUAGCGUCCCCUCCUUGCACGAAGCAUGCCUUAAAGGAUUUCAAGACGGCUAUCUCUGAGGCUUUCAGGCCCUACUCUAAAACGAAACAGCUUUUAAUAAUGACAGAGUAAUGGUGAAUGUGUUGUUAAAAGACGGUACGCUUCCUCAUAGCGGCUCGUUUCGAGAAAUUUGAAAAGAAGACUUAACUCUCAAGAACUGAAGGGUUACUCCUUCAACUGACAUCAACACGUAAAUGUGGCGGCAAGUCAUGAGCGUUUUGGAUAUAAAUUCAGGAAAGAUAGCUAAUUUGUUGUUACCUGUCUGUGAGGCAGCGUAUUAAAUUUGGUAGGAAAAUUAAAAAAAAAACUAAUCACUCAGAGAUUGAAAAGCUCAAUACAUGAGGAAGGUUUUAGCGUGAUAAUCUUUUAACCAAUUACCUCUGGGUAAUGGAUAUGGCAAUUUUUCUGCAAUUUUUUUGGAGAAAAUUAAUCCUGCUAUUACUCCAAAAUCUGCCGUUUUAAAAAUCACUGGUCUCUUGGGAAAGAGACAUCAUUUCCCCCAGCGAAGGACAAAAUAACGACAGAAAGAGAUUGAUGACAAUGUUUGUUGGACUAAAAGUCAGUUUUUAUUUUCGAAUUAUAGUAAAAAGUGUUAGUAACCGCACUUUGGUCUGAUUUGGAACAACUGGUCGUAGCACAACUGAUUUCUUUAACCUUUAACACCUUAGCAUCAGUAUUCACAUUCUCCUUACUCUUCUCUAUACAUUUCCCAAGGUGCUGACA